AUGUUGUCCCAGAGGUCUAUAGCACCACCCACUAACUUUGUCGGUGUCAUUUUAUUAGAUACAGAAGAUGACGGAUAUUCUGGUGAAGUAAAAGUAUUGUUUCAAGAUCUCAAAGACUUUAGAUCAAACGUCGAAAAGGCGCAAAGAAAGAUGGCGACUUUCCCUUAUGAAACCAUGGAUAGAAAGUAUGCAAUAGGACUUAUCAACUUGUAUACUCAAGAUAGUAAUUUCUACAGAAAAUUGAAUGAAGAAAUGCGCAGCAACUAUCCCACAAAGACUGAUAUCUGGCAACGAUCUGGUGAUCUAAUUAACAGAGGUAUUGACAUUCUCGGUCGCACAAAACAUAAAAUUGUAUACAGGGGGUGUAUAGUACUGAAUGGUCCCCCUGAAAAAGGACGUAAUUUUAAAUUCAACCAGAUCACAAGUACCACUUUAAUUCGAGAAUUGGCUCAACAUUUUGCUGACGAUGGUUGCCAUAAAGGAAAACUUUUUGAGAUAUCAAAUGUGGACGGAUUAUUAGCUGAAGAAUACUCAGAUUUUAGAAAUGAAAAAGAAGUUUUGAUAAAGUCCUACUAUGUCUUCAAAGUAAUAGAAGAAUCUCAAACAACAACAGAAGAUAUUUACAAACUUGAAUAUCAGCCAGAAUCUACCAACUUUCUUAUGCAAU